AUGGAUGAUAAUCGUGAUGAGGGUUUGGAGAAUUUAGGGUUUCAAUCGUUCUCGGAUAAGUUGCAUGAGGAUGUCUUUAUUUCCUCUAAGGGUCCUAUGAAUAUUCAGGGUUUGCGUGAUAAACCGUCUCUGUUUAGUAAGCCAUUAAAGAUUGAUGGGAAUCCAUUGCUUCCCCAUAGGGGCGUGGUGCAGAAAGAUCCUAAGAUCAUAAACGUUAUUGAUGAGUUACAGAAAAUCACAGUUCCAGUUCAGCCUGCGCCUAGUCAGAAUGAUCAGCAUGCUGAGCCGUCAAUGCCAGUUUCCUAUGCAGAUAAACUUCGGUCUUCCAUCCGGAACAAGAGAGAGAUUAACUUCAGACUUAUGAAGCCGCUGGAAACAAGAGAGGACGCGGAUGUGGUUAUUCCGAAAGACGUGGUCAAGAAGGCUCAGGAUAAACUUGAGAAUGUGCUGUACGACUAUUUCUUGGGCAAUAGGCUGCCGUUUCCGGUUGUGGAAUAUUAUGCAAAGAAUGUUUGGGCGAAGUUUGGGUUCACAAAACUCAUGAUGAAUGCGGGUGGCUUUUUCUUUUUCAAGUUCGACACCAAAGAAGGUAUGUUAAGUGUGUUAGAAGGUGGACCUUGGCUUAUAAGGAAAAUUCCAUUAUUCUUGAAUAUUUGGACUCCCUCGGUAAGCUUGAAAAAGGAUGGGAUUAAAACGGUGCCUGUGUGGAUUAAGUUACAUAAUGUUCCUCUUGCUGUUUAUACUGAUGAGGGUCUAAGUUUAUUAGCGUCGAAGCUUGGGAUUCCAAAAAGACUUGAUGCCUACACGGCUGAUAUGUGUGCUGAAAAUUGGGGCAGAACGAGCUUUGCUCGAGCAAUGAUAGAGAUAUCGGCAGAUAAUGAAUUGAAAGAUCACAUUGUUCUUGCUAUCCCUAAGUUGGAUGAAGAAGGUUAUCUGAUGGAAAAAGUGGACAUUGAAUAUGAAUGGAAACCUCAUAGGUGUGCGGCUUGUUGUUUAUUUGGUCAUUCGGAUGCUAAGUGUCCUAAAUCUGCUACUAUGAAGCCUAAACAAGUUACAACCGAUGAUGAGGGGUUUGUAACCGAUACAAGGAAAGUUGCAAGGCACGGAUUUCCUCAAAAGAAGCAAAAGGCUAAAGUUUUUUAUAGACAAAAGAGCAGCCAUGCGUGUUCGGGGCCAUCUGGUACAAAGAGUGUUGAAGGGGAACGGCACUUGGAUAAGGCAAGUCAAGGAGUUAACAAUAGUAAUCUGAAUUUAAGGAACUCUUUUUCGGUUCUGGAUAGAAUGGCUGAUGGGGAUCCAAGUACGAGUAAUAGUAAGGAGGAUAGUUCAUUAGUUGAUGAAUUUGUAAAGCAAAACACAACUGAGACUUCAGAAUUUAUGUGUGCUGGUACUAGUGACAAAAAAUCUGAGGGGGCAAGCACUCCCGGUCAACCUGGUGUCCAUGGGAUCUGUAAAGGGGUGUUUAGAUUAUGGGAUUGGACCUCAAACGGUAGCUGCUGUUCUAGAGGUACUCGGAUCAUUGUUGGUUGGAAUAAGGAUUUGUUGGAUCUUGUGGUGAUAGCCCAAUCGGACCAGGUUUUACAUGUGCAAAUUCGUAUAAAAUCGGAUAAUAAAGUUCUUUUCUGCUCGUUUGUUUAUGCUGAAAACAAAUACCAAGAUAGAAGGGCUCUUUGGGAUGACCUAUGCAAGCACAAGUGUUUCAUUCAAGAUAGACCAUGGGUGGUGUUAGGAGACUUUAAUUUGGCUCUUUCAAUGGAUGAUUCCUUAGUUGGGCCAUCUUCUAUUCCGCCAGGGAUGAGGGAGUUUUAUGAUUGUGUGCAACAUAAUCAACUCUCGGAUGUUAAAAGUCAUGGGUUGCGGUACACAUGGAACCAAAAGCCGAAAAAUGGUAUAGGGGUGUUAAAGAAAAUUGACAGAGUUAUAAGUAACACUCAGUUCCUUGAUCUGUUUCCAGAUGCUUAUGCCCUUUUCCAUCCCUAUCGGGUCUCAGACCAUUCGCCAUGCAUUCUUCAUUUGUCGCCGUUCAAGCAUAACCAGCCUAAACCUUUCAAGUUUGCUAAUUUUUUAGCAAAUAAGGAGGGUUUUAUUCCUUGUGUUGCCAAGGAGUGGGCAAAGGUGAUCCCGGGUAAAACUAUGUUCUCGGUGGUUAAGAAGUUGUCGGCUCUCAAGUCUCCGUUGAGACGUCUUCUGUUUGUUCAGGGUAAUCUGCGCAACCGAGUUAAGGAGCUUAGAGAGAAGUUGGAUGCUAUCCAAAAGGCUAUAGAUGUCAACCCGUUGGACCUGGCUCUUCGAGAAUCUGAAGCUAGAUGCAUUCAGGAAUUCAACACCGUGUCUUAUGACGAGGAAUGUUUUCUAAAGCAAAAAUCCAAGGCAGAAUGGCUAGCAGCAGGAGACUCGAAUACGAAGUUGUUUCAUAAUUGUGUUAAAAUGAGGAAUGCAUGUAAUAAGAUUCAUAGUAUUCAAGAUGUUCUGGGAACUGGUUUCAUGGGAAUGAUGUUUUUGGUGUCUGGCCAUAUGAUUCGGCAGGUUACUCGGGAAGAGGUUAAAAGUGCUAUGUUCUCCAUAGGUGAAAACAAAGCCCCGGGGCCGGAUGGAUACACUUCGGCGUUCUUCAAAAACUCUUGGGAUAUUGUGGGUGAUGAAGUUACGAAAGCAGUUCUGGAUUUUUUUGAUAAUGGUAAGAUGCUUCAACAAAUUAAUCAUACUAUCAUUGCACUGGUGCCGAAAAAUCCUUCCCCUAAUUCAGUGACCGAUUAUAGGCCGAUAUCUUGCUGCAACGUUAUUUAUAAGUGUAUUAGCAAAAUUCUCACUGACAGAAUUAAAGGGAGUUUGGAUUAUUUAGUUGACAUUAAUCAGUCUGCCUUUGUCCCGGGUAGGAAAAUCACAGAUAACAUUCUUCUUACUCAGGAGCUUAUGCACAAUUAUCACCUAAACAUAGGGCCGCCCAGGUGUGCGUUUAAAAUUGAUAUACAAAAGGCUUAUGAUACGGUGAGCUGGUCAUUUCUUGAGGAUGUUCUGCAUGCGUUUGGGUUUCAUCAGAAGAUGGUUAAAUGGAUCAUGGUUUGUGUUACGAAUGUCUCCUAUUCGCUGAGCAUUAAUGGCAACCUGUAUGGAUAUUUUAAGGGUAAAAGAGGGCUCAGGCAGGGUGACCCUAUAUCCCCUUAUUUAUUUACACUUGUUAUGGAGGUUCUCACGUUGCUGUUGAAGAAGGUUGCCUACUCUAGUAAUGCGUUUCGGUUUCAUCUUUAUUGCAAAAAACAAAAGAUUAUUAAUGUUUCGUUCGCUGAUGAUCUAUUUUUAUUUGCUAAUGGUGAUGUGGCGUCGGUUAGAAUUCUUAGAGACACUCUUCAGAGGUUCACAAGUGUGUCGGGUUUAGUUCCAAGUCUUCCGAAGAGUACCGUUUACUUUGGUAAUGUUCCCCGUCUCAUUAAAUAG